AUGGGUGACCCAAAUCCUGCGAGUAAUAACAUUCCACUGUCUUCUCGAAGUAAUAUUCCGCAGUCUUCUCGAAGGCGUAGUGUUCAGCCGAGAACGCCUCGGAUUCUGCUUGGUGCUUGCGGGUGCACUGAUGCUGCAAAAUUUUCGCUUCUUUGUCAAUUUUUUUGUAGAUGGGCAGAUAUAGAUGUUGUUUUCACACGGGCCGCGAUACCUUUUCUUCAAGUUUCACCAAUUCCCCGUCCAGCAUUUAAUCCUAGGAAAACUGCUGCACAGCAUCUGGAAUGGGCUGAUGUCAUGGUCAUUGCUCCAUUGUCUGCAAAUACCCUUGCCAAGAUUGCGCAAGGGAUAUCUGACAAUACUUUGACAGAAAUUGUGCGAGGUUGGGAUCCUAACAAGCCACUAUACGUUGCACCUGCCAUGGACCCUGUUGCGUGGAAUAAUCCUUUGACAAAACAACAUCGCAAAAGAUGCGAUGAACUUGGCAUUACUAUCAUCGAUCCCUCUCCACUGGGUCAAAUGGCUGAACCUACUGAAAUUUCUUACAUUGUCAGGAUCUCUAAUGAAGAGAUUUGGGACUAA